AUGCCCUACAUAUCUACAGAGGCUCUCGCCGGUGCGACUCUCCUCCUCGUUCUCGUUUUUGGCUAUCAAUACAUCCCUAAAGCAUCGUCAGACUCCGCCGUCGCGUCCAAGUCCAAGAAAAAGCAAAAGAAGAAGAAUCGACCUGUGGACCAUGGAGAGAUUUCCGACACGUCUAUGAUGGCCUCACAGUCCGAUACAUCCCGAGCCAAAGCCUCUGAAGCUGAUUUGCCUUCCCAUACAAGCACUACUUCGAAACAAAAGAGCAAAGCUCGAGCCUCUUCUCAAUCACCCGCUCAGACCGGAACGACUCAGCCAUUGUCAUUCGCUUCUGUAGCAGCUUCCCAUGCGGGUCCAAGUAGACCAAAGACCUUGGCAGAGAGGAUAGCUCCUAAACCCGUCAAGACAAAGGUUGACGAUAUGCUCGCUCCGGAAGACCGCCCAAUACCCCAUGCACGCGUCAUGAGAAUCCAAGAUCCUUCCCUUCUUUCGUCAUCCCCUGUGCAAGCGAUAGCGCAAAAAGUGGACAAAUUUUCAGACGACUACGAUUCAUCGAGUAGCGAGGCUGAAGCCACAAAGACGGAGGAAGAUGAUGGUUGGGAUGUGGUGCCUGCCAGACCGAAGAGUGAACAAGGUGCUAAUGCCACAGAACCUAUAUCCCUCUCUCUUUCCCAGACGGUGGCUACUCAACCCACAUCACGCCCUUUGCCCGUAGCUACCAAAGUGCAAAAGAAGAACGCUAAGAAGGCUGAGGCAAAAAAGGCAGCAAAACUGGCCGAGGAGGAAGAAAGACGGCAACGUCUCGGAGCUCAUAAGAGGGUGCUAGAAAGGUCAGAGACUCGUCGAUCGUCGAGGCUUAGAGGAAGAGUGUAG